AUGACUACCCCGACCAACGCCUCGGGCGCUGAAUCCGAGCAAUCUAAUUACUGGCAUCUCAAGCACGCGAACCUCGACAGCGAGAAUGAACGGCUCGACGGCCUCCAUUACGGAUUGAAGAAGUAUAUGGACGGCAAACUAUGUCUAGCAGACCUCGGAUCGCCGAAGAAGAUUCUGGAGCUGGGUGCUGGUACAGGUACAUGGGCUGCAGAGGCUGCGACGGUAUACCCCGAAGCCCAGGUUCUGGCCACGGACAUUAGCCCUCUUCCUGCCCGGUCCUUCCCACCCAACGUCACCUUCAAACAGUUGGAUCUUCUCAAGGAGUUCCCAGAUGAGCUCAAGCCGGGUACAUUCGACGUCAUCCACGGCCGCUUCCUCUUCAUUCAUCUCCCCAAACCCUUCGAUGUCCUCGCCCGCGUCCUACCCCUCCUUGCUCCUGGCGGCCACCUUCUGAUUGAGGAUAUCUCCGUCACUGCUGAUGUAAAGGGCAACGUUCCCGCCAUCCGUUCGGCGUACACUGCUCGUGUGCGUGGGUGGGAGAAGGGAGGACAGAACCCGGUCUAUGCGUCGCAGCUCGCCAGCUUCCUGGCAAAGAAUGGACUGAAGGUUGGGGAGGACCACGUCGUGCUACCCAUCAACCCACUGUCCGACGAUCCGAAGAUUCGCGGCCUCGGGGAGACCCUCCGCACGAGCUGGAACCGGAGCUUCAGCUAUGAGCCGAGCGAGGAGAUGAUCAAGCUCGGCUACACGCUCGAGAUGUUCGAGAAGCGUAAGGAGGAGAUGGCUGGCGACGAAGCGUGGGAGUACCACACCGACCUCUACUUCACCUGGGCGCAGCGCGCGGCGUAG